CAGUCCCCAAGACUCUUCACGUCCAAGAUGGCGGCGAAAUUGCACCACAAAAUGAAACAAAACAAAUCAAAACGAACUGGUGAAAGAAAGACACGACAAUCUGCGCGAGCACUGACAAAUCAGGUAAACGGCAAUGGCAGAGGUUCCUAUAAUAUUUCACUCAAGAGUGAAAGCACCUUACAACAAACUGUCCAACUUUUACGAAGUAGAUCUUGAUAUGCAAGAAGGCGUUUUUCCUUCGGUUGAACACUAUUUCCAAGGAAUGAAAUUCAUACCAGAAGACCGGAAACAUUUCACAAAGGGUGGUAAAUUUGAUAGUCUCGCUAAGAGUUCAUGGCCUGUGGAAGUAUCUAAAGGUAUCGUAGCGAAGUCUGCAGGUUCAAAAAGCGGCAGUGCAAAGCAUGGUUUGACUCUUGUCGGUGAUGCACUCGAUCAAAAUGCUUCGAAAAUUCGCAUGAAAAAAGCUCUGAGGGUAAAAUUCUCCAAAGAGCCAUUUCGAAGCCUGUUACUUGAGACAGGGAAUAGAUUACUAGUGCAUAUCCCAAUGCGUGGACAGCCUGACUUUUGGACUGCCAGGUUGGAUAAAGCGAGCGGGAGGAUCAUAGGUGAGAAUACAAUGGCAAUGGUUGUGAUGGAAGUUAGAGACGAGAUGAGAGCUCAGCAAGAUGACGGGACUAGAAUGGAAGAUAGCGAGACUGCAGGUACAUGAAUACGAGACUAUCUGAGACCAGAAAUAGUAGCUUAGGGAUAACAAGAAAGACUUCUCCAUGAAACUCGAUACAAGACAGGGACUGAUAGAAAGUGAUACAAGCAUCAGGUAAAAAGUUUUAAUUUUUGAAUUGACAAACAGACAAUUUGACUAGGGGGUGGAUCUAAGGAGGGAGGGACCUCCUUCCGCCCACCCCUCAGAGUAAAGAAAAUAUCUAUAAAAAAAUAUAGGCUGUCAGUAUUGUCAAUUUCUUUCACGCAAAGCAUUAAAGCAUAUUGCGUGAUAGAUACAUCUUCAUAGAAUAGUGCACCCCUCACUAUGCAUUAUUAGAAUAAUCUUCCCCAUCUCAUGAUACUCUUAUAUUUUCUUAUAUCAUCUGGUGAAAAUUUGGAUAAAAAAUGAUCUUUAUA